CAACAGGCAUUGUUUGUCAGAUCAUCAGCUCUUAGAAACCAGGACAGAUGGCUUAUCAACAGCUACUAAGAGACUGGAACAGAGGUAUACUAGCCCUUGAGAAGGGCAAUCUUGACGCUGCCUUGGACAUCUUUCGUAGCAUCAAGAAUCCUCCUUCCAAAAUAGAUUUCAACAUUGGCUGUCUGUAUCUCCAGCAAGGAAAUCUGGAUCAUGCUCUGGAGGCUUUUAAUCAAGCACUUUCCAAAGACAAUUGCUUAGCCGUGGGCUUCUUCCAAAGAAGUUAUGUUCAUUUUCAGCUGGGCAGGCACGAGGAAGCUUUGAACGAUGGGAAGCUAGCUAUGGCCUUUCUCCGGAACAAUUUCUGCAUCAAUUACAAACAGCUCGGUUUGGCCUUUGUCCUUUGCGCCUCAGAGGUGCUGCACAAUAUGGCGGCCACCCACUGCCAGCUUGGACGUUGGCACGAAGCACGAGAAACUCUAGAAGAAGCAGCCAGACAAACGCCCCAAAGACAAAUGGUGGUUGCUUUGAAACAAAUAGAGGAGCAUCUCUUUCUGGAACCCCAGACCGUCCCACCGGGGACAUUUUUUAGGCCUCCCUUGCAAGCUGAAGAGUUGAAAGAGAAGGACUAUCUCGGUCAAUCCAAGGUCAUUUCUUCCGCUCUUGAAGAGGACUUGAACAUCAACACUUCCCAACUGAACCUUCAGGGUGAAGAGAAAGAAGUGGAUAGACCCAUACUCUACCGCAUGGUAGGGCAAUAUUCUUACACCUCUGAUGCACCAGAAGACCUGAAUUUUAAAGAGGGGGAAGUCCUUGAGAUCCUGUCUGAAGUGAACGAGGAAUGGCUGGAAGGCCGAUGCAACGGAAAGACGGGUAUUUUCCCUAAACGCUUCGCGGAGCCUGAAUGUCCUGUGGCCACCCGACUUUAGAGGAGGAAGAAAAAGAGUCUCAUUUGCUGACAGCCCCCCCCCGCCAGCCUCAGUUUCCCUGCUGUUGAGAAGAUAUGACGUUGUGGGGUCCUGGGUGCUCUCUGAGCUUGC